ACCUUUCUCCUUUCUAAACUUUUUUUUUUUCCUUUCAAGCUCUAUUAAUUAGCUACCCUAUUUCCCAUUGGAACAUAUCCCUAGCAAUUUUUCGUCAUUUUUGUUUCCAAUUAUUAAUUUAAGGAAAUUUAAACAAUUCAAAAAUAUACAACAUGAAGGAUGGUGGAAGAAAACAAGGUGCAAUGUCACCAUGUGCUGCAUGCAAGCUUCUAAGAAGGAGAUGUGCUAAAGAUUGUGUGUUUGCUCCAUAUUUUCCAGCUGAUGAACCUCACAAGUUUGGUAAUGUCCACAAGGUUUUUGGAGCUAGCAAUGUGAACAAAAUGUUACAGGAAUUACCAGAACAACAAAGAAGUGAUGCAGUUAGUUCAAUGGUAUAUGAAGCAAAUGCAAGAGUAAGGGACCCUGUUUAUGGAUGUGUAGGAGCCAUAUCCUCUCUACAGCAACAAGUUGAUGUUCUUCAAACUCAAUUAGCACAAGCACAAGCAGAGGUUGUGCACAUGAAAAUGCACCAAUUCUCAUCACCAAAUCAGCACCAACCAUCAUAUACUCCUUCAGCCUCCAAUUCAUCACCACCUUCAGAAAAUGUGUACCAAUCAAGCCGGCUCGUUACUUCACACAUCAACAUUGACCAAUCCUUAUGGUCAUACUAGCUAGCUAGGUCAAUUAUAUAUAUCUUAUAUAUACUUAGUAGUGAAUAUUACAAUUGCUCGGGUGGAAAAUAUCGCAUGUGAUCUACAGUAGACUGACACUUAUGAAUUAACGACUCUGAGUCGCAGUCUCAAUUAUGAUCGAGAGUUAAUAUUGUGAGUUUCUACUUAUGAAGAAUAUCGAUUUUAUAUAUCGGUCUACUAAAAACUAUAAGAACAAUAUGAGACACUUUCGUGUCUCAAAAGCCCCUAGGGAAUAUAUUGUUAGCCAUAUACUUAUUUUCUUACUAUAUAUCUUGGGCUUGCAUGCUUAAUUGCCUAUUGUAUUAGUAGUAACUUAAUUUUAUUACUUGAACGACGUCAAUAUAUCUCUCUAUAUUAUCUAGAGAUGUUGAUGGUUAGUUAGUUACCUACCCUAGAUAUGUAAAUGGUUUAAAUUUGUAAUGAUGAAGUAAUAUAACAAUAUUAUUUCUAUUAUACAUGUUUUUUAAUCAAAAUAGUAGAAGAUUGUAUUA